UAUAUUGGCCCUGUACAACUGCGGAAGCUCAUGGCUGUCGCUGCUUGCGAAAAGCUUGAGUUGCCCUGCUGGUGGAGAAGGCGGAUAACGUGGAGAGCCAUCCUGAUCCUACUGGCAGGAGAUCCUGAAGGAUUUGGAGUAAGGGAUGAAUGUAUUCCAGGGCACCAAUGAUUUAGCUGUGCAACCGAGCUUUCGCGCUAUGGUUGAUUAGUUCCUGCUAUCCAACAAAUCCAUUGAAGUCUCAACGUCACAUCUUAGCAAUCAUCAAAAGUGGCAUUAAGACACGUGCAAACAAAAUUUAUCCUGAUACGAUAUCAUUGCAGCUUACUCCGUAUGAUGGCAGCCUAGAUCGCUGCGUGGGGCACAGGGGAAUGGGAUUCGAUCCCACUAUGACAGGAAGCUAUACAUAUAUCACGGUUGAAAAAAUUCGAUAACCCGGCACAAGAACGACUGCUAUCCAUACCUCCCCCCAACAUGGCAUCUUCGUUGCUUCUGGCGUUCAGCCUGACGGCUAUUGGAUAUGCCGCCGGCUCUCCCCAACAUCCCUGGAAGGACCCCUUUUUUGGAUGUCAGGGCCACCUCACUAAACCAGAGCAGCUCCAUUUCAAUUACGCCGGCGAUCGCGGUAUGAUUGUGAGUUGGAAUACCCCGGAAAAGCUUUCGUUCCCUACGGUGAGAUAUGGCCGAGGCCCGGAGUUGGAUCAUAUUGCAUUCUCGGAGGUCUCCGUUACUUAUCCUACCUCGACGACCUACAGCAACCAUGUUUUGAUCAAACAUCUUGAACCAGACACCCACUAUGAAUUUGCCGUCCACUGUGCCGACGAGAAAGAACGUCACCAGUUCAAAACGAGUCUACCUGCUGGUAACUCUAGACCGUUUGCGUUUGCGUUCUUUGGUGACCUGGGGACGAUGGGCCCCUUAGGGUUGACCACAUACGGACAGAAAGCAGCUCUGAAGCCGGGGGAGAUAAACACAAUGCAGUCGCUGCGAGAAUUUAAGGAUCAGUUUGAGUUCGUCUGGCAGGAUGGUGACCUCGCCUACGCUGAUGACUGGCUCACUGAGGAGAUCAACGGCUUUCUUCCCAAUAUGACCAUUGAAGAUGGAACCACUCUCUAUGAGGAUAUCCUGAACACGUUUUACGACGAGAUGGCCGGGAAUGUGACGAUGGAUCGCCCAUACAUGGUUGGCCCUGGCAACCACGAGGCGAAUUGCGAUAACGGUGGCAAAAAGGAUAAAGCGACUGGCGUGAAAUAUACGGAGAGCAUCUGCGUUGAAGGUCAAACCAAUUUCACUGGCUUCCGCAACCACUUUCGGAUGCCGUCGGAGCAGUCGGGGGGUCUGGAGAACUUCUGGUACUCCUGGGACUACGGCAUGGUUCAUUUUAUCCAAUUCAACACGGAGACCGAUUUCCCCGAUGCACCCGACCUCCCAGGUGGAAGUGCGGCCGAGAACGCUGGCCCCUUUGCUCCCAACGGUACACAGCUGAAAUGGCUGAAGGACGACCUUGCCGCUGUCGACCGCAAGAAGACUCCCUGGGUGAUUGUAGCCGGUCACCGACCCUGGUAUGUCGAUGGUAGCAAAUGUGAUAGUUGUCAGGCAGCCUUCGAACCCCUAUUGCUAGAAUAUGGGGUGGAUAUUGCGCUUUUUGGCCACAAGCAUUUUUACGAACGGUUUACCCCUAUUGCAAAUGGAGAGCCGGACCCUAACGGUCUUGAUAAUCCUUCUGCUCCAUGGUAUCUGGUUAGUGGUGCAGCGGGUCAUUAUGCUGGUUUGGGGACGUUGGACCUACCGUUGGCAAACUAUACAGACAAGGCUAUUGACACGGUGUACGGAUGGAGUCGAUUUACCGUACACAAUUGCACCCAUAUCACACAGGACUUCAUUGCCAGUGCUAACGGUACCGUUUUGGAUUCGGCUACGCUUUAUAAGAACCAUAAUGGAUGCGGCGGCCAUGAGCAUCAUCAUCAUCACUAAACAACACGGGGUAUUCCAUGUUUUGCUGCUCUUACAGACAUCCGAAUUAUAUCAAACAGGGUGAGCUCUUCAGAUUCACUGAUGAAGCGUUCAUCUGGUCGUCGUUCUCUUGGGAUAAGCCUCGCCAGGUCAAAUAGUUA